AUGUCGCCUGGUGUAAUAUCCACUAAUUCCCCUAAUCCACCUGGAUAUAAUGACUACAUUUAUGAGAAAAGUUAUCAGGAUCAUUUUUCCUCCCGGUCUUCUCGAAGAGAAUCGGUUACUGUUCCGAAUGAAGAGAGUUUACAUCCAAGUCUAUGGACAAAGUUGUACCUUUUUCUUGAUAACACCACCGCUCAUGGGGCUAAGAGGAUAUUAAUCGCUCGUACACGAUAUAGUAGAUGGUUUUGGAUCCUAUUAGUUCUUUUUGGUGUUUCUGCGUUUAGCUUUGUGGUGAUGAGCUUAACACAGAAGUAUAACAACAAGGAGAAAAUCACGAGUAUUUCAUUGAAGUUCGAUCAAGUUGACUUUCCGGCGAUAACGUUCUGUAAUUUGAAUCCUUAUAAAAGAAGUUUAAUAAAUAUGGUGCCCAGCAUCCGUGAUACGAUGGAUGUUUACGAUAAUGCUAAGUCUCACAGCAAGAUUGAAAAAGGAAAACAGAAGAAAAAACCGAAGUACAUGAGAAGACAGUUUUCGGAGCAGUCAGCUAUGAGGGUUAGACAGCUGUUUGAGAAAGAAAUAGAAGAAGGGGAGAGAGAACUAAAGCAACAACGAACUCUUUUCCGUUCGGCAUCAUCUGGCGAUCUACUUUAUAAUGUAACAAGACAGCGGAGACAGACUCCUCGUCGCCGUUAUGAAGCUAUCGAAGCUCAUUGCAAAUGUGUCGGAAAGCCCGAUAUGGAAUGUAUACGGUUCGAAACUCCACCUAAAAAUAAUAAUUCCAAAUGUGUUUGUACUUUCGACAGUGAUCUUAUGGUGGCAUGGCCUUGUUUCAAUUCAAGUAUAUGGUAUGACCACGUUUGUCCUUUCUGUACAGAAGAAGGAUAUUGUGAGGCUCAAUUGAGUGAUAAGAAUGUGCCUCCCAUGGAUUGGCCUUGUAAAUGCCGGAACAGAACUGGUCAUUUGGAGUCAGGAGAAGAUACUCCAUAUUGUAUUGGAAAGGAGCCUAUAGUAAUAAGAAAACUUUGGGUAGAUGAUAACUCGACAACCUCUACUACCACCUCUACUACCUCAACAACAACAACACUUCCACCGACUACAACGAUGGCUACCACGACGACUGCCGAACCAACUACAACAACAUCAACAACGACAACGACGACUACAACAUCUACAACAACAACAACGACUCCCGUCCCUACAACCACCACGACUGAAAUGCCUACCACUCCGUCUCCAAUCAAUCCCAAUCAGCGGGCAAUAGUUAGUAAUCCUGAAACUAUUAAAGCGUUUGGUUUUAGUGGAAUGACAGAUGGUGUUGCUAUGCUUACAAAAGCAAAAGAGAAUUUGAUGUUCACCAUGGCUGCCUUAUCCGAAGAACAACGUAUAGCUUUAAGUCAGAGCAAGCACGAAUUUAUAGAAAUGUGUUCUUUCAAUGGACAAGAAUGUGAUAUUGAUCAGGAUUUCCGCCUUCACGUUGAUCCUGAAUUUGGAAAUUGCUUCACAUUCAAUUAUGACAUUGAUAAUAACUAUACUAGUAGUCGAGCAGGCCCAAUGUAUGGUAUACGUGUCUUAUUAUUUGUGAAUACUUCCGACUAUAUGUCAACUUCGGAAUCGUCUGGUGUAAGAUUAGCCAUUCAUCCUCCGACUCAGUAUCCUUUUCCUGAUACUUUUGGAUAUUCGGCCCCAGUUGGGUUCGCAUCAAGCUUUGGAAUGAAGAAGAAAAUAAUGCACCGUUUGAACUCUCCUCCAGGAGAAUGUGUUAUUGCGAGAGAAGUAGAUCAAACAGAUUACAUCUACCAUGGGUAUGAUUAUCAGCCAGAGGGAUGCCAUCGUAGCUGCUUUCAGAAUAAAUUAUUAGAUGAAUGUUCUUGUGGGGAUCCUCGUUUCCCCGUCCCACCUGAGAACCGACACUGUUCAGCUUUCAACGCUACAGCUCGUGAUUGCUUAGCAAGCAAAAUAGGUCAUGUAGGAGAUUUUCAUCAUAUCACGGAUGACAUGUCGGACUGCAUAUGUAAACAUUCAUGUACGGAAGUACUCCAUGAAGUCACUUUCUCAGCAAGUAAAUGGCCUUCGGGGGCUACAGAUCUCGGGGAUUGUGAUGGAAUGACUGAGGGUGAAUGUGAGCAGUAUUAUAGACUAAAUGCGGCGAUGGUCGAGGUCUUCUAUGAGCAGUUAAACUAUGAAUUACUCCAAGAAUCCGAAGCAUAUGGAAUGGUUAAUCUUAUAGCUGACUUUGGUGGACAUCUCGGAUUAUGGCUAGGGUUUUCUAUGAUUACUGUCACCGAGUUUUUUGUUUUAAUUGUGGACUGCCUCUCUGUUUGCUUGAGUUCGAGACGUGAGAAGAAGCUUGAACGAAUAAAUACACUCCGUAGGGAGCGAGAGCAACAAGAUCCGGAAAAACAGAAUGGAAGGAAAGAUGAUGCUGCAUAA